AUUCCUUCCCCCCAUCUCUCUCUCUCAUCUUCCCCCACUUUGCUCCGCUUUCCCGUCCACCGCCACCGCCACCACCACCGGCCAUGGAUCCCUUCCACCACCUCAACACCGCCUUCUCCAAUCCCUACCACCCGCUCCUCUCCUCCUCCCCUCCCCACCCCUACCACCCGCCGCCCCCCCUCCCCCCUCCGCCCGCCACCGACCCGCCCGAGCGGGAGCGCCUGCCGCAGUGGUCGCACGCCGAGACGGCCGCCUUCCUCGCCAUCCGCGCCGACCUCGACCACUCCUUCCUCUCCACCAAGCGCAACAAGGCCCUCUGGGAGGCCGUCUCCGCGCGCCUCAACGCGCAGGGCGGCUUCGCGCGCACCCCCGACCAGUGCAAGUCCAAGUGGAAGAACCUCGUCACCAGGUUCAAGGGCACGGCCAGCGACGCGCAGGCCGAGGCCGCUGGCGGCGGGGACCACCACGCCGGCGCGGCGGCGAGGGGCAACUUCCCGUUCCACGACGAGAUGCGGAGGAUCUUCGACGCGCGGGUCGAGAGGGCGCGCGCAUUGGAGGCCAAGAAGGCCAAGGGGAAGGACGCCGCCGCGCGGCGCGAUCCGGACGACGAUGGCGGCGGCGAGGGCGACGAGGACGAGGACGACGAGGAGGAGGCGGAGAUGUUCGACAAGGAGGAGGGCAGGGCCGAUGCGGAGACGCGGGGCGCGGGGAAGAAGCGGAGGAGAAAGGCGGCGCCGGCGAGGACCGCAUCAGCGGGAGGAGGGGUCGAGAUUGGCGAGGUGGAGGCCGUGCUGCGGGAGUUCAUGCGGCGGCAGAUGGAGAUGGAGGAGCGGUGGAUGGAGGCCGCGGAGGCGCGCGACGCCGAGCGCCGGGCGCGCGAGGAGGAGUGGCGCGCCGCCAUGGUCGCGCUCGGCGAGGAGCGGCUCGCGCUCGUGCGCCGCUGGCGCGAGCGCGAGGACGCGUGGAGGGCGCGCGCCGAGGAGCGCGAGGAGCGCCGGCACCAGCUCGUCGCCGCCCUGCUGGCCAAGCUCGGCGGCGACACGUCGUCCUAAUCCACCCCACCAAUCCAUGCCACACACCAUGCCCUGGACGAUGAUCCAUCCAUCCAUCGCCGCAAAGCGGGCGCCGGGCGGCCGGAUAAGCACUUUUAGACCAGUUGUAGCAGCGACAGAUCAAAUCCAUGAUCGAUCUUGCAUGCCUAGCUUGUGCCUUUGUUAGGGUUUC